AUGUCGUCCCCCGUUGCGCCCACCCACCCCGACUAUUCCCUCGACGACGACUCGGACUUCAGCGAGCCUGAGGGAGAACCCUACGCACCUCGAAAGCCCAGCACUAGAACAAUCCGCCGCAGAUUCCGCCACGUCAAGAAUGAAGGGCCCUCCAUAACACUUACCACUCCCGCCUCUCACGGUAAUCCUGCUAUCACGGAGCAUGAGAAGACACUCAGUCAGAAGAUCGCAGAGCCUGGCAAGCUGAACCCCGGCACAUGGCGACAGGCAAUGUCGCAACACCGGAGGGAGUGCCGAGCGCGCGACAAAGAGGAGGGGCGCGGUAAAUACGCACCACCAAGUCCAGGCGACCCUGAUGACUGGACGGAGAAGAAGUCGAAACAUGGUAUGGUGUACUACAUCAACCUCUCAGCCGGGACGUCGACAUGGGAGAGGCCUGAAGGAUACCUCAAUCCGAACGAGCGUUUCAAAAUGGGUAUGGGUAUUGAUGACGUGAGGGCGGAGCUGAGGAGGAAGAGACUAGCCUUUGAGGCGACUUUGACUUCCCCCGAAGAUGAGUUGAGGAGGAUGUUCCAGACGAUGUCGAUUCAGGAUAAUGAGCCUCGUGAUCAGGCAAAGGUCCAACGUGCAGAAGUUCCGCAGAGCGCGAGCGCUAAUGAAAGGCCUCGGAGUAGAAGCGGGAUCCCCAAGCCGAGGUACUAUGCCAAGCUGCAAGCACAGGAAGUUCACACCAGGGAGAAUGUGGAGGAUACGCAGACUAUGGCCGCAGCCCCGCACCAGAAGGAGACGCCAGCAGAGUCUGUUCCGAACAAGGCACCUGAAGAACGGUCGUUUGACUUGGCGUACAGGCCAAAGGCUUGCAAGGCGCAAAAAGCCGACCAUGGUGACAAGAGUGGCGCAGGAGACGCAAAGCUGCAAGACAUGGUGGAGGCUUCGUUGUCGGCGGCUUCCGACGCAGUCGAUGCGAGGGCUCGGGUCGAAGAUCUUUCCAGGAAGACCCUCGACGGCAUUGAGGCAGCAGGCCGUCAGGUGUCGAAGCCUCGUGGACUGAAUGCGAAGGCUAGGACAUGGGCCAAUGUUGCCGGCGGCAGGCAGUAG